AUGGCGGCUGUGGAGGAGGCCGUUCAGACCAAUGGCGCCGCUGCGCCGGAAGAUGCGUCAUCUGACGGGAAGGCUGCUAACGGGGAGGUUCAAGCGCGCGACUGGGGGACGGCGGAGGAGCAAGCUGCGCGGGGACGGGCGCCCGUGAAGAAGGAGUUCCUGAUGCCGCCAGGUGGCAGAAAAUCAUUGGCCGCCGCGGGCGGGAAUGGGGAGGCGGGGGGGAAGGAAGAGGGCGGGGGAGACGAGGGCGGGCAGGGGAAGGCGGGGGAGAAGGGAGGGGGUGGUUGGGGGAAGGACGGGAAGGGGAAGGGUGGUGGGGGGAAGGAGCAGAGGCUGAGCCAUCGAGCGAUGAAGAAGCAGCGGAAGCAGGCCAUGGCGUCUCAGCCGUGCAACACUGUAGCGCGUACAGGCGACCCGGCCUCGUGUCCGUUUGGUGCCACGUGUCGCUUCAGCCACGACCUCGAUAUUAUCCGCGCGCAGCUGCCGCCCACCCUGGACGGCACCUGCCCCUUUGCUGCCCUCCGACGCCCCUGCCCGUUCGGCCUGGCUUGUCGUUUCCGGGACGAGAAGCACGGGAAGCUUCCAGGAAGCGGCGACGGGGGAGGAGAGGGCGGGGAAGGGGGUGGAGGGAAGGAGGAGGGGAAGGGCGGCGGGAAGGGGAAGAGUAAAGGGGAGGAAGAGGGGGAGGCAGAGAGUGAGAAUAAGGGAAAGGAGGCGGGGGAAAAGGAGAGGGAGAAGGGAAGUGAGAAGGGGAGUGAGGAGGGGAGUGAGGUGAGAUACCCUGGGGAAGUGAACAUGCUGGAGAAGGGGCUUCAAUCGAAGCUGUGGAAGCGACAGCUGGACUUCCCCAGAGCCGUUGAUUCGCUGCAGCGGAUUGGAUGGACGCGCAAGGUGAAGCCAAAGGGGGAGGCCAGCCUCAUGCCUGACCUGGACGAGAACGAGCAGGAGGGGGACCAGGGGGUCGCGGGGAACCGUCCAUCUCCCACCCAUUUCCUUCACUUCCCUUCUUUGUCUCCCAUUCUCUUCCCUUCUCACCUCGCCUUUCCCGUAUGGCAGCGCAAGGUGAAGCCAAAGGGGGAGGCCAGCCUCAUGCCUGACCUGGACGAGAACGAGGAGGAGGGGGACCAGGGGGACGACGGGGAUGAGGGGGACGACGAUGGGGAAAACGAAGGGGGGAUGGCGGAGAUUGAGAGGGAGGGGCGGCGGAAGGGCGUGCUAGCAGCAGCAGCUACAGCCGCCAAGGAGACUGCACCGGCAGCUGCUACAGCUGUGAAGGACACGGCUGUAGCGGCGGCUGAGACUGUUGGGAAAGCAGCUGUAGCAGCAGCAGAGGCAAUUGGGAAAGACACAGGGGCUAGUGUAAAAGAAGAGGGAAGGGUGGGGGAUGAUAAGGAGGCGUCCGAAUGGGCGCUGCUGCGGCGGCACGAGAGUGAGAAGUGCUUUGGCGUGCAGCUGUGCGGGCCGCACCCGGAUAUGGUUGCCAAGGCCGCUGAACUCGUGGCUGAGCACUGCCAGGUGGGUUGCAGGGAGGGAGGAUGUGAGGAUGGUAGAUCGAUGGGGAGAGUGGGAGUGCAGCAGUGUGGGCCGCACCCUGAUAUGGUUGCCAAGGCCGCUGAACUCGUGGCUGAGCACUGCCAGGUGGGUUUCCCAAAGGUGUUAGAUGGAGGUCUGUUGGAGUGGGUCAGGUUAGAUGCGGGUGCGUCUGAUUGGGCGCUGCUGCGGCGGCAUGAGAGCGAGAAGUGCUUUGGCGUGCAGCUGUGCGGGCCGCACCCUGACAUGGUUGCUAAAGCAGCUCAACUCGUGGCUGAACACUGCCAGGUGGGUUGCAGGGAGGGAGUUGAGGAGGAUGGUAGAUCGAUCGGGAGAGUGGGAGUGCAGCUGUGUGGGCCCCACCCUGACAUGGUUGCUAAAGCAGCUCAACUCGUGGCUGAACACUGCCAGGUUGAUUUCGUGGAUCUGAACAUUGGGUGCCCGAUCGACAUAGUCGUCAACAAGGGAUCGGGGUCGUCUCUGCUGCGCAAGCCGCAGCGGUUGGAGCAGGUGAUUAGAGCUACUGCGCUCGCGAUCGAUGUGCCUCUCACUGUCAAGAUGCGCACAGGAUAUGCCGAGGGUCACAACGUGGCGCACCGCUACAUCCCGCACCUGUUGGACUGGGGCGCUACAGCCGUGACCCUGCACGGCCGCACGCGCCAGCAGCGCUACAGCCGGCUGGCGGACUGGGAGUACAUCGGGGAGUGUGCGUCAGUCAAGCCGGCAGGGCUACAGUUCAUAGGCAACGGAGAUGUGAUGGCGUACACCGACUGGAACGAGCACACGGCCAAUGGCAGCGCGACAUCUGUCGACUCGUGCAUGCUGGCACGCGGCGCGCUCAUCAAGCCCUGGCUGCUAACAGAGAUAACGGAGCAGCGCCAUUGGGACAUAUCAGCGGGGGAGCGGCUGGACAUGCUGCGCUCGUUCACGCGCUACGGGCUGCUGCACUGGGGCUCCGACACGCGCGGGGUCGAAACCACCCGCCGCUUCCUGCUGGAGUGGCUGAGCUAUCUGCACCGCUACGUGCCCGUGGGGCUGCUGGAGCUGCUGCCUCAGCGCAUCAACUGGCGCCCUCCUGGUUUCUACGGCAGGAAUGACCUCGAGACUCUCUGUAAACGACCUAUUGUCGUUCUUCGAUUCAACCGGCCAGCCCCACAACUGGGGUGGUUGGUAGGCCUGGGACCUGGCUGCAAGCUUGGCUCUUCCCUUGCAACCUCUCCCACUCGUCCUUGCAAUGCCAAUUCUCUUGCAGCCUGCUUGCCUCUGCUCUGCAUGCCUUAG